CUCGAUGUCUCCGCAAUUAGAUAAUGCUUAAGUUACCAAAAGGUUUAAAAAAGAAAAAGAAGAAGUCGAAAAAGGACCAAGAACUCUUCACUGAAGAGGAGCUCGAGCAGUAUAAGCGCGAUCUCAAAGCCAAACAGGAGGCGGCCGCCAACAAAUCAGACGCUGGCGAAUCGGACGCAGCAUCGGACGUCGAGGGCGUUGCAUCUGCGUCGAGCUACAAUACAAACACCUCAGCGGGUCAUCAUCAUCAGAGCCAGUCGAGCGGCAGGCCAGCCGAUUCGGCGGCAACAUCCACAUCCUUUGCAGCAACAGCGGCUGGCCAGGAUUCAGGACAUCAGCAGCAAAGCGCUGACGCCGCCGGCGACGAAGAAUGGGCCAAAUUUAAGGCAUUAACCUCGGGCGUUGAUAAUAUCUUACACAAGACACAGGACGAACUCGAUCGAAUCAAAAAGGAAUCGUUCUACCAGCGUCUGCCAUCCGCUGCCGAAAAGAAGCGACAAGAGGAGGAGGAAGCCGCCCGUCGCGAGGCCGAACGUCUCGAGCGGGAGCGACAACUUGCCGCCGAGCGUGAAGCGAAUCGGGAUAAGCUCGCGGAGGCUGUGGUAGAACUCUCCGAAUCGGAGGACGACGCCCAGGACGAGGUCGAUGAUAUAUUUGCCACCGAUUAUAUCGAGGCAAUAACCAGCGGUGAAUUACAAUUAGCCGUUGUACCCGAUUCGCCGGUGCUUGAAUUAGACGACGGUCCCGAUCCCUUUGACACUGCCUACGCGGAGAAAGUCAUCGUUGGUGCGGACAAAUCGAAGGACAAGUCGAAGAAACUCGUCAGCCUUGGUGCCGCCGUUGAGGUGCUCUCCGGUCGUGUAGACCGUGAGCACGCCGUUGCCCUCGCCAAUCCCAAGCGGAAGCUACGCAAGGGCAUUCAGAAUUUGCUGCUGAGCGAGAGCGUUGAUCUUGGGGAUAACGAACCGGAUCUUUUAGCUGCCGAACCGCAGCAUAAUCUCCUCGACGAUCUUGUCGAUGAUGUGCCAGAGUCUGUGGCGCCCAUCGAUUUAAGUGUCUCACUGCAUUUGCAUUUGAUUAAGCCGCAAAAAGUCGACGAGGAGCAGGAGGAAGAGGAAGCAUUCGGUGGUGCACUUAAUCCCGAUUUAGCCGAGUUUGAUGCGCUAAAGGACGAGGAAGACGACGAGUUUGCGGAAUUAGCAGCGGAAUCGUUGACCAAAAAAGAGGACAUUACCAUAGUUAAUCAAGUGGUGCUUCCGGGCGCCGAACUACUUGCUGAAGAAACCAGUUGGGCUGAAUUUGCACCCGAGCCAGAGGAGGAACAAACAGGCAAACCUAAGCGACCCCCUUCCCCAGUGCGUCCGGCCACAGGACCACACAUUGUGCCUGGUGCCAUCUACGUGAGCGACGACGACGAAGACGAGCAGGACGACGAUCCAUUCAACACCAACUACGCAGAGCAAGUGAUCAAAAAGACAACUGUACUCGAGGAGGACGACGACUUUGAUCCCCGUGCCGAGGAGUGUCACUUGGCAGCUCCGGCUCGUGAUCUCUUGGCCGGCAGUGCCACUGAUCUGAGUAAGGUUGUGCCUGCCCCAUUGGCACCCACACUUAGCGUCGAUCAGGCGGACGAGGGACAGGACUUUGAUCCCUUUGACACAUCCGCAGUCAACGCUCUUGUGCAACCCAAGGCAACCGAACUGCGAUUUCUCGAGCGUGAACUGCUCAACGAAUCGGGUUCGAAUCUCAAACACUCACUAAGCGAUCCAGACUUUGAUCCACGUGCCGGGCAAGAAGAGGAGAAGCCGACGAAGACAGCGCCUGUUGCGGUAGCUCAGAUAACAGUCGGCGAUCCGGACUUUGAUAGUGUGCGUCGCAAAUCAUCGCUGAGUCUGAAUAUACAAGGCAAGAGCGUUGGUUUUCUGGUGCCCAGCGGGCAGGAUUUACUGGCAGCGGGUAAUGAUCAUUUGGGUGCCAACAAGAAGCCAUUAACGCCCUAUUACGCGCCCAGCGCCCAAACGAUUAGCGAACGCGAAUCGGAGGAUCCAUUCGACACAUCGUAUGUGCCAGAAGCGAAGCUCAGUGACGUCGAACUAAAGCACAUUGAGGCCGAUUUGAUCACAGAGCCAACGUUGAAGCAUAGCCUAUCCGAUCCGGAUUUCAAUCCACGUGCACCGCCCACUCCCGUGCCUGCGGAGGUGCUGCUGGCGGUUGAGGAGAACAUCGAUAUCAAGGUGCUGACACCAGCCCAAGAGCGCCGACAACUGCCAAGCAACGUGCAGACGGAGGACGACGAGCAGGAGGAUAUUGAUCCAUUUGAUACGUCGAUAGCGGCCAAUUUACAACCCGGACAGACGGAAUUGAAGCUGCUGGAAAACGAACUGCUGCCGGAGAGUGCAAGACAGCCGGUGACCGGAGUGUUGGACACACAGAGCGACGCACAGGAGCUGGGACUGGGCGAUAAGGUGUUGACACCGUCGCUGCCCAAUCGCACAACGCAACAGUCACUGGAGGAGCAGCUAGAUAUAGAUCCAUUCGACACAUCGAUUGCCGAGAAUCUAGCGCCCGGGGAGACGGAGAUAAAGCUACUCGAAAGCGAGCUAAUUGAGCGCUAA